UUGUUGGUCAGUGGUUUGUUGACUGAUAAUGUUUUGAGUUGGUUUGUGUUAUGUUAUGUCCUCUUGUGAAUGUUUUAGGGUGAAGUAGUGUAGUGUUAAUAGAAAAAGAAACCUUUGAUUAAUCUGUUACGGUAGGAACUUACGGAAAUAAAAUGGAGAAGCCACAAAAAAUGCCCAAAGUUGCUAAGGUUAAAAACAAAGCACCGGCAGAAAUUCAAAUCACUGCUGAACAGUUACUUCGAGAGGCGAAAGAAAGAGAUUUAGAAAUUGUACCCCCUCCACCAAAGCAAAAAAUCUCAGAUCCAGAAGAGCUAGCUGAUUAUCAACAUAGAAAACGAAGAGCAUUUGAAGAUAAUAUCAGGAAGAAUAGGUCUGUUAUCAGUAACUGGAUAAAGUACGCACAAUGGGAGGAAAGUCAGAAAGAAAUACCGAGGUCUCGAUCUAUUUACGAGCGAGCGUUGGACGUGGACCAUCGCAACAUCACCUUGUGGUUGAAGUACACAGAGUUGGAAAUGAGAAACCGACAAGUGAACCAUGCUCGCAACCUGUGGGACCGUGCAGUCACCAUCCUGCCUCGAGCCAACCAAUUCUGGUACAAGUACACGUACAUGGAGGAGAUGCUGGGGAAUAUUGCAGGUGCACGGCAGGUGUUUGAGCGAUGGAUGGAGUGGGAACCUGAUGAGCAAGCUUGGUUAACGUACAUAAAAUUUGAGCUUAGAUACAAGGAAAUCGAUCGAGCAAGACGUAUCUACGACAGAUUUGUUAUGGUGCAUCCUGAUGUGAACAAUUGGUUGAAGUAUGCCAGGUUUGAAGAACAGCAUGGUUUUAUAUCCAGCGCUAGAAAAGUUUAUGAGAGAGCAGUGGAAUUUUUUGGAGAAGAAACAUUAGAUGAACGACUAUUUAUUGGAUUUGCUAAGUUUGAAGAAGGACAAAGAGAGCAUGACAGAGCACGAGUGAUAUAUAAAUAUGCAUUAGACCACAUACCCAAAGAUAAAACAGCUGAGCUUUACAAAGCAUACACCAUUCAUGAAAAGAAAUAUGGAGAUCGAACUGGAAUUGAAGAUGUGAUAGUCAGCAAAAGGAAAUUCCAAUAUGAAGAGGAAGUGAAAGCUAAUCCGAACAACUAUGAUGCUUGGUUUGACUUCUUGAGACUUGUUGAAGAUGAGGGUAACUUGGAUGUGAUAAGGGAAACCUACGAGAGAGCAAUAGCAAAUAUUCCCCCAAGUAAGGAAAAGCAGUUUUGGCGACGUUACAUCUAUUUGUGGAUCAACUAUGCCCUGUUUGAGGAGCUAGAAGCUGAAGAUGAAGAAAGAACAAGACAAGUGUACAGAGCCUGUCUUGAUUUAAUUCCUCACAAGCACUUUACAUUCACCAAGAUAUGGCUUCUGUAUGCCCAUUUUGAAAUCCGUCAAAAAAAUCUUACUGUUGCGCGUAAGACUUUGGGCAUGGCACUUGGAGUGUGUCCAAAAGACAAACUGUUCCGGGGUUAUAUUGAUCUGGAAAUUCAACUUAGAGAAUUUGAUAGAUGUCGAAUCUUGUACCAGAAAUUUUUAGAAUUUGGCCCAGAAAACUGUAUUACAUGGAUGAGGUUUGCAGAGCUGGAGACGUUGCUGGGUGACACAGAGAGAGCCAGAGCUAUCUAUGAGUUGGCCGUGACACAGCCCAGACUGGACAUGCCAGAAUUACUAUGGAAAGCUUAUAUAGACUUUGAAACAAGCCAGGGAGAGGUGGCUCGUGCUCGCCAACUCUACGAAAGGCUACUAGAUCGCACUCAUCAUGUCAAGGUGUGGAUGAGCUAUGCCCAAUUUGAAAUGUCACAUGGGGCAGCAGAGGAUGCUGAGAUCGACAAGAUAGCACUAGCACGUCGUGUCUAUGAGAGAGGAAAUAUCGCACUACGCAACCUUGGGGAGAAAGAGGAGCGUGUAUUGCUGCUGGAAGCAUGGAGAGACAUGGAAGUGAACCAAGGAGAUGAUGUUACAGUGCAAAAAGUGGAGAGUAAAAUGCCACGCAGAGUCAAGAAACGACAAAAGGUCACUGCACAAGAUGGGACAGACGAAGGUUGGGAAGAAUUCUUUGACUACAUAUUCCCAGAAGAUGAAGCAACCAAGCCAAACCUCAAACUUUUGGCAAGUGCUAAAGCCUGGAAAAAGAAGCAAGAAGAUGAUAAGCCUGAAGAGAUGUCAACAAAUGAGACAUGAUAUUGAAAUAAUUAUAUAUUUUGUAUCAUUCAGCAUCUGUAGUGUUAAUAAGGAGAAAAUAAUUAAGACAUGUUACCUGAUGACCUACAAUUUAUCUUUUAAUUGAAUGAGGUGAAUAAAGGAUUACAAGUACAAAAAAAUGGAAGAUGUUAAUUGAUGACAUGAAAGUAAAUAUGUUUUAGUGAAACAAAUAUAAUUAAAUAACAAAGGCACUACAGUUAAGGUCAGAAAUAUAUUAAAUUUCAGUCAAAAUUCAUUACAUUGUAGUCAAAUUUUUAUCAGAUUUAUUGCAGUUGAUGCGCUUUGAUGUGUUUUGCUCUGGAAUUUAUGUGCGACUAGUGUACUUGCUCACUUUGUGCACCACUAUUUUCAAAUUUAAUUAAGUUUAUUGAUUAGAAUUGCAUUAUUUUUUUAAUGUUAUAAUUUUCUUUUUUAUUAUCUAUUUUAGUACAUGUUUCAUGUUAUUAAAAUACAUUUAUAAUUUAUUUGUGAAAACCAUGUUUUGCACGUUGGCAUAAGGAUCUUGUUUUCAAUGCUGUGGUUAUGCCAUUUAACAAAAGUAAUAAGAAUGUAAGGUUCUGACUAUCAUGUGUCAUCACCGUUUUCACACUUAUAUUUUCUUCUACUAUUAUAGGAAUCACACUAUCAGUAGGUUUAUAAUAACAGCAUGUAUUGUGUUUAUUAUUCAGUAAAAUGUGUAGCUCAUUGCAGUCUAUGCAUAAUGCAUAGCAGUGAAAAUAUCAAAGGUCAUUUAAAUUGAAUCUGUGUGUUUACAAAAUUAUAAUUAAUCUAUGAAUGUUUCCUCCAGCAAGGGUGUAAUUAGGAAAGCUUACAUUGCCAUAGAGAUGUCAUUGAAGUAAAUUGUUUUUAUUGGGAGAUUUCCACCUUUGUUACAUUUUCUAAAUCAUAACACCAAUCCCCCAGAUCUUGUAAAUUUUAAGAUCAAAUUUUCAUUCUGACUAUUAAGAUGAUUACUAGUAUCAUUCAAUCUUGUUUUGAAUUCAGUUGCUAUGACUGGUUGAAUUCUUGACAUUGUUAAAUCAUGAUAUGAACAACAAGCCAGCAUAGCUAAGAGCUGAGGCUUUAAAGAGGAAUUUUAAAAAAAGUUUUGUAGUGCAUAGAACUUUAAUGUGAUGAGAAGACAUGAUCAAUCCAUUGUUUCUAGAUAUCAAUUCUUGCUAUAUGAGCAAUAUAGAUAAAAUUAGCAUCUUCCAAAUGACUUCCCUUUGUUUAAAAAAAAUCUUAAGUAGACAAUAAUAACUAUCUAUAGUUGUGUAAAACUGUAACCCAUCAGUUAAUUUAACCUCCAAUGUUUAGUUAAAUACUAUGUAAAACAUGAGGUGUAUGUAAAUAAAUCUGUAUAUAAACGUUUCUUACUUCCAAA